AUGCCUUCAAGCCUUUCAACAGUAGAACUACCGGCUUCGCGACUGGAAAUAUCCAAAGAGGACACCCAAAUACAACUUUUGCAACAAUUACAGGAACAAUUGAAAGCACAACAAGAGAUUUUGAGCCAUCAGCAUGAAGCUUACAUCCUAGAACAAUCAAAGCAUCAAUACCAGCAUGCACAACCGGAAAGCCUACACAAUCUACCACUUCAUCAGCAAACCACUCAUUGGAGUUUCACACAGGGUUUGAUUGUUGGUCAAUUGAGUGUCAUAUUUAUUGUCGUUAUAUUUAUCAAGUUUUUCGUAUUUGCUGAUUCAUCGACCACACCAUCGAAAACCAUUAUUCGAGAUGCAUCUGGUGUAAUUGUCAAACGAGAUAAGAAACAGGCCAACAACAAACGUAAUUCUUACCUCAACCCGGAAGAAGCUGAUGCAUCAGCUGAAGAUGAACGAUUAUUGAGUAAUCGAGCUAAAGUCUCAGCCAUUUUGGAAAAAACAUACUAUGACGUUCACAAUCACGCUCCCGAAUCACUCGAUUGGUUCAAUGUUCUUAUAGCUCAAACCAUAUCACAUUUCAGAACUGAGGCUUUAUUAGCUGAUAAUAUAUACCAUUCAUUGAAAGAUUUUCUCGACCAGAGUGCAUUACCAGAUUUUAUGGACAAGAUUAGCUUGACUGAAAUCGAUAUUGGCGACGAUUUUCCAAUUUUUUCAAAUUGUCGUAUAAAACAAAGCAACGAAGAUACGGGGAGAUUAGAAGCCAAAAUUGAUGUUGAUUUGUCCGACACAUUGACUUUGGGCAUUGAGACUAGAUUGCUAUUGAAUCAUCCACGACCAUUAACUGCAGUUUUACCAGUGGCGUUAACUGUGUCUUUGGUGAGGUUUUCCGGAUGUUUGACUGUUUCAUUAAUCAAUACAAACGAUCAGGAGUUUGUUGAUCUGAAGUACAUCAACAACAACAACACCAGCAGCAACAACAAGCCUGAACUGAAUGGCUCUCAACAACAUCAAAGAAAUAACGAUAGUGACAAUGACAACGGUAAUGGAACAGCUUUGAUGUUUUCAUUCUCCCCUGAUUAUCGAUUAGAAUUUGUCGUUAAAUCGUUAAUUGGCUCAAGAGCCAAAUUACAAGAUGUACCCAAAAUUUCCACUCUAGUUGAAAAUAGAUUGCGCACUUGGUUUAUUGAACGAUGCGUUGAACCUAGGUUUCAAGUUGUUCGCUUGCCUUCAAUGUGGCCCAGAACCAAAAAUACAAGAGAACCAAUAAAGGUGAAGGAAGGUGAUGAAAUGUAA